UACAACUAUUGAUCGCUGUUGGAUGAAAGCCAGUAAGCCACAACGAAAGACUCACGGCUACUCCAUCUUCCUCAUACUGCAAAAUUAACAGACGCUGCUUCGCAUUUGCACCUCAAAGAUAAAAAAUUUGAUCCGAAACGAAAAGCCCAGUUUGGCAAUUGGCCCUGGCUUCUCUCGCGAUUCGUUUGAAUCCCAAUAGACUCGAUGGCUCUGAGAACUUUGCCUUGGCGGGGCCUUGUGUGCAGCGAAUCAGUUAGAUGCUUUGAGUUUCCUAUUCGGUUCUACGCCACCAAAACGAAACUGAGGAAGCUCCGCCCCAUGAUUCUCAAGAGAAUCGAGAGAAGAGCCCAAGCGUACCCGGUUCGCGCCACCAUUCCGGUUGCAAAGGAGGUGCUGGUAACUCGGGAUAUUCUCUUCCAUGGCGUUUCCAUCCUUCUCAAGUCCAUUCCUAUCAUGGCUUGCAAAUUCUGUCCAGAGAUAUUUAUUGGUGAGCAGGGGCAUAAAAUUCAAACUUGCUGGGGCUACAAGCAUCGAGCCAAGAAUCGAGUUCAUGAGUGGGUCAGAGGUGGUUUAAAUGAUAUACUUGUUCCUGUCCAAGCAUUUCACCUACAUAACAUGUUCCAGCCUGUUAUUACACACAACCAGAGGUUUGACUUUGAACGCGUACCUGCUGUUUUGGAGCUAUGUUGGCAAGCAGGCGCUUAUCCCAAUGAUGAAAAUCUUAAUUCAAGUAAUUGGAGCUUGGAGGCUGCCAAUGAUAGCCUGCAUGGAGGUGAAUCUUUGUCACCAAGGGAUCUUACCUCUGUAGCACAAGAAACACUCAAUGCUUGGGAAAUUCUUAGGUCAGGGGUGGAGAAAUUGUUGUUGGUUUAUCCAGUAAAAGUUUGUAAACAUUGUUCUGAGGUUCAUGUUGGGCCUUCUGGCCAUAAAGCUAGGCUUUGUGGAGUAUUUAAAUAUGAAAGUUGGAGAGGAUCUCACUUUUGGAUGAAAGCUACAGUGGAUGAUUUAGUGCCCCCGAAGAUCGUAUGGAGCCAAAGGCCUCAAGAUCGUGAACUUGUAGAUGAAGGGAGAAAAUUUUACGGGCGUGUUCCAGCUGUAUUGGAUCUGUGCUCAAAGGGUGGUGCCCAUGUGCCUGCAAAGUAUAAUUGUAUGAAGAAAGUUAAAGGUUCGUCAGGCCCUGUCAGUAAUGAGAUUAGAAAAAGUAUAGCAUUGAACUUUCCGGGGCAGCAAUAUGUUGACUCACAGGCAUGGUUGGAAUCAGAGUACGGUGUGGGAAAAUGACAUCUAACUAUAUGUCAUUACUUCAGCCUGCUGCCUGCAACUGCUCCAUAUUUCUAAAGUUGUCUGCAUAUUCUGAUUUUGGGUCCAUGUGCCUGUUCUUCAGUUACUUGUAGCGUUUCUUUUGGUUCCUAUAUAUCAUAUCUCCUCAGUUAUUUACUUUCUGCAGAACAGAUCAAAAUCUAAUAUAUGUGUAUGGACUUAGUGGAGCUGAUCUUCGCCCAGUUCGAAGAAAUCAAUUUCAUCUUCUAGUUCUCCAGUCAAAGGUGCCAAUUGUUUUUCCCUUUUUACACAUUUUUGUUUCUUGAGGAAUUAAAGUCCAACAAUUGCUAGAUAUACACAGGAGAGAUGCUGCACUGUUGUACAUGUUUGUAAUAAGUUCAUCGAUGCCUGAAAAAAGUA